AUGUUGUCCAGGUCAUUAGUUAGAGGGUAUUCGACUCAAGCGGCAGCCAAUAGCAGCUCACCGAUAAUUUCGUCGACGUUACUAUUAUCCAGAAACCCAAUUGUAACUGCUGAAUUACCAAGAUUCGAAACACAAUACUAUAAAUAUCAAAAUGAAUUAUGGAGAAGAUUAAUGUGGACUUUCCCAAGUUGGUACUAUUAUAGACCAGGUACUUUAGCUGAUCAACGUUAUAAAGAAUUGAAUAAACAUCCAAUUUAUAAUAAUCCAAAUCUUGAAUUUCCAAGAGGUAGACCAGAUUUGAAACAACAAAGAGACAGAAGAUUUAAACAAGUAGUUAAAUUACCAAAGACUUAUAAAGAAGGAGGAGAAAAGGGAUCAGAAGAAGAUUCUAUUGAUCAAUUAUCCCGUAAAAUUGUUCCAAAUUCAAGAAUUACUGAAGCUGAUCAAAAUGGAGAUUUAACUAGUUUAGAAAGAAAAUUAAGUCGUACAUUAUAUUUGAUUAUAAAUAAUGGUAAAGAAUGGAUAUUACCUAAUUUCCCAGAAGAAUCAAGCGAAACUUUAAAACCUUUGCAUAAAUUAGCUGAAGAUGGUUUAACUAGAAUUGGUGGUAAUUUAAUCAAUUAUUUCAAUGUUUCUAAAACUCCAUGUCAUUUAUUUUCAAAUAAUAAUUCCAAAGAAUUUUUCAUUAAAUCACAUAUUUUAUCCGGGGAAUUUAAACCUCAAUCAGAAGGUUUAAAAUUUAUGUGGUUAACCAAAGAAGAAUUAAGUGAAUACUUAAAUAAAGAAUACUAUCAAGAUAUUGCUCAUUUAUUAAAUGAUCAAUAG